AGAGAGAGGAAGGAACCAGCUAGCUGCAGUCAGGUCUGCUGAUGACAGCUUGUGGAGCCGCCUUCAGUGGGAAUCUGACAACAAAGCUUAAAUGACAGCCGUACAACACCUGAAAACCAACGGGACUUGAUUGAAGUCUGCGGUGACAGCACAGGUGGCUAUGGGUCUCUGCAAGUGCCCGAAGAGAAAGGUGACCAAUUUAUUCUGCUUCGAACAUCGUGUAAAUGUGUGCGAGCAUUGCCUUGUCUUCAACCACAACAAGUGUAUCGUGCAGUCAUAUCUGCAGUGGCUUCAGGACAGCGAUUACAACCCCAACUGUACUCUGUGUAAUACUCCACUGAUCACCCAAGACACUGUCAGACUGGUCUGCUAUGAUGUGUUCCACUGGUCCUGUCUUAAUAACCUGGCCUCUCGGCUGCCCCUCCAUACGGCCCCAGCAGGAUACCAGUGUCCCACCUGUCAGGGUCCAGUGUUUCCCCCUUCCAACCUGGCCAGCCCAAUUGCUGAGGUGCUGAAAGAGCAGCUGUCAUCUGUUAACUGGGCAAGAGCUGGUUUGGGGCUGCCGCUGAUUGAAGAACCCAUCGAGGAGACCACAGCUAAUGAUGUCACUGAUUAUACUGACUGGUCAACAUUUGAUGCACAAGAACAAAGUAACAUUUACCCCAGCCACUCUUACAACACCAGCCUCAGCCCACCACCAAACUCAGUCUCAACUCCAGCACAGGAAGACCUUGGAGGUCUUCGUAAAAAUGGGGAUUCAGAUAAGCAAGAGCACUCUGUGAUCAACUUUACCAAUGCCAAUACCUGUGACACAGUUACAAUACACACAGCAUCAUCCCCAAGAAAGCUCUACGACACACGGGACGUUGGUCACAGCUCUGUCACACAGAUCGACUUUGAUGACGACAAAUACCGGCGACGACCAGCGUUAAGUUGGUUUGCUCAAAUUCUCAAGAACCGCACAGGUGGAAAGCGGACAUCUCUGUCCUGGAAACAGCGAGUCUUCAUGCUUCUUCUGGUCGGUGUGCUUGGAUUCUUUACACUGAUAAUCAUCAUGGCUAAACUUGGACGUGCCUCAGCUGGCUCAGAUCCAAAUUUGGAUCCUCUUCUUAACCCCAACAUUCGUGUGGGGAAAAACUGAUAACAAGCAUUGAUUCCUUCUUUUCCUUCUAUGUUACACAACAUAAGCCUGUGUAGAACGAUCUGAAAUGGGACUUUCCAACACAUGGUUAGCCCAGUAGAGAGAGCCGUUUACCCAGCUUGAAUGGAAAGAGAUGCCUCACCUAGAAUGGAGGCAAUCCCUGGAUCCAUUCAUUUACAUCAGGCUUUACAAACAUGCCAUGGCCUUUCACAGACCAUGAAAAAAAUCUCACAACAUACAGGAGGUUUCCUGUGAUCCCAGCAAAGCAACGUGCAAACUCCAGUGGUGACCAAGGCCCAAAGCAUAUAGAGAAAGGAUCCAGUAAUUGUUCCUUUGAAUAGCUAUUGGCAGAGAGGGGCAGUAUUUAUAUUUACUAUUUCAGAUAACACUUGUCAAUGAUCUUUUAAAGUUCUUUUUUUUUUUUAUUUCAGUAGGAACUAAAUAAACACUGUUGAUGUUGAAAUAACAUCUUUUGCUGGUAGAAAUGUCAGAAUGUAUAUAAUCAGCUAUGUGACGUUCAGUAACGUUUGCAAAGUUAUGAACUGAUUCCUCAUGCUGAUUUCAAUUGAGUGGCUGUGUGCAUUUCUCCUUUAGAGAAGAGGUGGCCCUCAGACCUGGAAUCAAACACACACGAUGAAUACAUAACUAUUUAUGGGUGUCUGCAUUAUUUCUGAAAUUGAGUGCAUUGCUUUUAGAUACUUGCAUACUGUAUGUACAUUUCCCUGAUGUUUUUUGACUGACUAUUAAAGGGGAAUAUGACAGAAUUUCAGCAUUUUAAUAUUUUUUAAACAACAGGACUCGUGACCAUCGUCUAAUGCUGUGCAUAGGCAAAAUGAAGAGUGAAAGAUUUAUGAAAUGUCAGCUCUAUCACACAGCUUCAAUUAGAAUGAAUAUGAAUAAUAUUAAUUCAUAAAACAUUGUAAAAAUAUAGAUAUGACUAUUUCAGAUUUGUAUGCAGUAGUUCAAACAGAUUUGUUUCUCCAUUGCAGUUGUAGUUCUCAUAAAGCGGCUGCUGGUUGUAAUCAUAUGGAUGCUAUCACCGUAAAUGGUUGCACUCCUUUUCAGAGCAAAAUUUGCACUAAAGUGACAACAUGUAGGAAUCAUUUUUCAAAAUCACAAAAAGAACUAGAAGGGUAAUGGCACAUAACCACUCAUUUACUCUCUCUGACAGUCUUUCACUGUGGCAAGACACUACAUAUAUUUCUGUCUCCAUAAUAAAAAAAAAAAACUUACUUUAAAAGCUAAUGCAGUUUGUACCUUAUUUCAGCUUAGACCAUCUUUGAAUAACUACAAUGCUGUUCUGUAAAUAUAAACUCAUGUGGAGUCACCGGUUUUUUGUG